AUGGAGUAUGCAGACUUUCUUCGUGGGGAUGACGAUGCUAUUCCAUGGGACGAUGUAGUGCCGAUGACCCAAGAAGGCUUAAGCGGCACACUGCCUCCGGCGCCCGUGGUCCAGAGUCAAGAUGCACCGACCGAGUUGGCUACUGCAGGUGGCCGUGGGAAGAGCUACUCCAUGAAGGAAGAUCUACUGCUUGUAGCAUCAUGGCUAAACGUGAGCAUGGACCCCGUGGUGGGCUCGAGCCAAAGUUUAGGCACUUUUUGGCAGAGGAUCGAGUCGUACUUCCAUGACAACAAAGACUUCCCUUCAACACGCAAUAAGAAGUCGUUGCAGGGGAGGUGGACAUUCAUCAACGGUAUGGUCCAGAAGUUCUGGGGUCACUACGCUCAGGCCAUGCGUGCUAGACGGAGUGGUACCACGAUGGGGGAGACGAUUGUCGAGGCAUGCAAAAUGUUCCAGGCCAUGGAGCACAAUGAGUUCACGUUGCUUCCAUGUUGGCGUGAAUUGAGGCACCAUCCGAAGUGGCAUUCCGAGGCAUCGCGGAAGAAGCAGAAGACGUCCGGAGGAGGUGAAGCUGGGAGCCCUUCGUCCACUCAGAACGUGCAAUCCUCACCGGUUGUAGGUGCACCGGAGAAAAAAAUUGAGAAGGAUAGGGCGGACAGGUUCUUAGAGAUGAUGAAUGUAGAGCGGCAGCGCCUUCAGCUGAAGGAGGAGCGCAUGCAACUAGAGAAGGUAAAGGAGGAUAUGAGGAUAAUGAACAUGGAUCUUUCGCAAAUGGAUGAUGAGCAAAAAGAGUACUACAGAAGUCUCCACCAGAGUAGUAUUGCAGCUAGGCGCGCCUCCUCUGGUACUUCAUUGUGA